AUGGCGGAGCCGGAUAGGUUCAGUGCGGAAGGGUUGGCUGCGGCCUGGGAGGCUGAGCAAUCUGUUCGGGAAAGGAUUCGCAGUGGCAGCAGCGUUGUCGUUCCAGUUGCUGAUCAGAACUUGGAUGCCUCUAACAAGCUUGCGAUCGCUAACUGUGAUAUUAUGACACCAGUUCUGGUGAAGAUGACAGCAUGUGCCUUGAAGUUGCCAGAUAUCGAUCCGCUUCGUGGGUGUGUGAAAGCGCUUUACAUGAUGGCUUCAAGGGAAGUUCCGGAUACACAAAUCGAUGAUGAAGCUUGGGCUAUCCGGCAUUUGGCUGGGUUCGUGAAAAGGAAGACACAAAAAAAGCUUGUUAGCUUGGAUCCCGACUUCCAAGACAUGUGUCUGAUCCUGAACCCGGAGCUGGAGGACUACGUCCAAGGAAUUCGAGAUCGUGCUGCCGAGGCUUCCACUCCAGUGGCCAGUGGAGCCACGGAGCCACCUUCUGAGGCAUCCGAGCUGGGUCCCGACAGCACUGUUGAUGAGCCCUCGGUCCCGAAUGCUGUGGUAGAUGCCCCGACAAGCAAUCCCUCGAUGCCGAGUGCCGUGGAAGCCCCGACAACCAAUCCCGGUCAGCCUUCGAUGCCGAAUCCUGUGCUGGUAGCUGCCCCAACGAGCAAUCCCUCGAUGCCGACUGCUGUGGUAGCCCCUACAACCAAUCCUGGUCAGCUCUCGAUGCCAAGUGCUGUGGUGGUAGCUGCCCCGACAACCAAUCCCGGUCAGCCCUCGAUGCCGAAUGCUGUGGUGGUAGCUUCCCCGACAAGCAAUCCCUCGAUGCCAAGUGCUGUGGUCGCCGCCCCGACAACCAAUCCUGGUCAGCCCUUGAUGCCACAUGCUGUGGUGGUAGCUGCUUCGAUGCCGAAUGCUGUGGCGGUAGCUUCCCCAACCCAUCCUGGUCAGCCCUCGAUGCCGAGCGCUGUGGUAGCCCCGACAAUCAAUCCUGGUCAGCUCUAUUUGCCCAGGGUCGUAGACUCCCAGACAACCACUCCCGUGCCCUGCACGCCAAGUCUUCCGGGUCCACGUGCGAUUUCGACAGACAGCCAGCCCGAGUGGGAUGAGCCAUCACCCGAUUCAGCUCAAGAGGAGGAAGUUCGACCCCGACUCCCCGUUGUCCUUGUCAUCAGCUGCAUCGUCAGCUCCGGCUCCUUUGCCGGCGCAAGCAGUUCGGUGAUCACUGCUAACAACUGCAUAGCUUCUGGCUUCUCUUGCACCUAUGCAGGACAAGUGCCAACUGAUGAGACUGAUGAGAUGACGGUCACGCCUACACGGGCCACGGUUGAUGAGGUUGACGCCCAACCCUACGACAUCACACUAUCUACUCCGGAGUUCGUGAAGCAAUCUAGGACUCCCACCAGUAUGCCAAGCACGGAUGAUGUUGAACUGAAGCGCUUCAAGUUCCAGCAUCCCGGCGAGAUUCCGCCCCAAGCCCUCGCAUCGUGCCCGCCAGCAGAAGCUGUCACUGCCCCACCUGCUUCCCAGCCGUUGCCACCGCCGGUGCAGGUCUUCGGACGGCGAGACCAGCUGGGCCUGAGAACAUCGCUCAAGGCAAAGGAUAAGCAGGAGGCAGAGAUUCCGGACCAGGUUUUGCAGGGCCUUUGUGAGUCCGAUCCCACAGAACCUGUUCAUGCGGAGCAGGGCGAGGCUGAUCUUGAGGGCAUGGCAGGUGACACUGUGGAGCACCCUGAUCCGAAGCCCCGGAAGCUCAAGCGAAAGAAAUCCUUGAAGUCGAAACGGGCCCGUGGGCUCAAGAGGCUUAAGUCCAUGAAGAGAUGCAAGGAUGACCGUGGUGAUGAUGCACCUGAGCCACCUCUCGAGGGGGCGGCCCUGGAAGAGGAGGAGUGUGAUGAGGAUGAUGCAGCAAGUGCUGCGCCAACCGCCCGGGUCAGAGCAAAAACCCCGGCAAGCAAGGCCCCGAAGGCGAAAGCAAAGGCCAAAGCAAAAGCCCUCCCAAAGAGCAAAUCCAAAGCCUCGAAGAAGGAGUCAUGUGAAACCGGCUGCACCAAGCCAAAGCCCAAAGGUAAAGCAAAGGCCAAAGCAAAGGCCUCCAAGGACGAUCCAUCGGAGCCGGCCCCCAAGGCCAAAGCGAAAGCGAAAGCGAAGGGCAAAGCCAAAGCCACCCCCAAAGCCGACGCAAAGGCCAAGCCGGGCAAAGGUACCAGGGGUCGCAAAGCUUUGCCCGAUGGCGAGCCGGACCAGGCGGAUGUGGAUUACAUGGUUUCCUAUUUCCAGUCCUUUGACAAUCUUGAGGACAGGGAUGCUCUUAAGCGAGAGGUUCGGGAGCACAUGCCACAUUUCGAGUAUGUUGCACUGGACAUCUAUUGGAGCCGCUAUGGGUGUGGUUUGUCGCUUUACUACGGGGAGAGCAAGAAGCCUGAUUCCAAGAGGAACGUCGGUUACUUUUCCUACGGCAACUGCGAUGCUGGUCUUUUGGUGGCCAUUGCCUGCGCCAUCAGCCUUGGCUGGUUCAUCGAAGAGCACCGCAUUACCGACCCCGAGCUCCGUGCCAUCAACGAAAAGGAGUUUGUUGCGCGGGUUCUCAUGGUUCUUUGGACGAAGGGGCUCUUCAACCUGGCGCAGGUCUUCGAGUGGGUGGAGUUCUUCGCGGGUUCUGCUAGAUGCACUUCGAUGGUGUUUGCCGUGUUGGCUGGUGGAUGGGGCAUUACAAUGUUGGACAAAGGUGCCCUGAAGGCCACAGCCCGGAAGGCAAUCAAGAAAAAGGUGGCCACAACAAUCAGGAUAUAUCCUCUACAGUUCGCAGAAGCUGUGGCCGGCAUCUUCCAAGACUUGAAGUCUACUUGCAAAGGCUGCCCAAGUCUGCCAAACCCGGAUCCAUCUGGCCUCGAGCUGUACGCCUCCGCCAGCACACCCGUGGAUGUCAGCCUCAUGUACAAGACUGCGCAGCUUGGAGAUGUCUACGAUUAUUUACGGGGGUAUCAGGCUGUUAUGGGAGACUCCGAUGCCGAUUUAGCCCUCCAAGAGGAGAUGCUGAAGAAGCAGAUAGAGGCCGUCGAGGAGGCGCCGACAAUCCCUGCUGAUGAGUUGAGGGAGAACCUGAGCACUAUAAAUUUUCCAGCUCCCCCUGCUGCUGUGCAGCCUGCUGAAGUUCAGGCUGAAGUGCAGGCACCGAGCGAGGACAGCGCACAGCAAGCAGAAGCGAUCUCGGAGCCGCCUGCCAAGAAAGCGAAGAAAGAAAAAACCCGAAGAGAGCUGCUUCGAGAAGCAGCACGUGCACGCAUCCUGCGAAUGAUCGCUCCGAAAAAGAAACGAACCGAUCUUUCCGUUCCGGACUAUGUUCGCGAACAGUGGCACCGUGGCACGAAAGCGAAAUCGGAAAUGGAGGAGUUGCUCCUCGAGCACAACGGAGACAAGGAUCGGGGAUCGGGAGUUGUAAAGACCUAUGUUGUGUGCUUGGUUUCCUACAUAACAUACUCUGUGGUGGAGGAGAAAUUCCUGUCCGAGCUCCUCCUCAUCGUGAAGAAGAUUAAGAAAUUCGUCGUAAGAAGGGCCCGGAUCGCAGGAGCCAAGAAAAUCUGUGAAGCUGACCCAGCCUUGCACCGGCGGAAUCAAUAUGACGGCCAGUGGGAAUACUAUGUUACUGUUCGAGAGACGGCAGUGCACAGUCAGACGCAUGAAAUUACCGAAGAGCAGCGGCAAUCUGGAAAGGCUGCGAAACCUUUGGAGUUCAAGCCUGACGAGUUUGCAGACCUGGAGAAGGCCGCGGCUCGCGGAAGCCAGCCAUCGGACCUCCGGGCGAACUAUUCACAGGAUUGCCAGAAGUCGGUGGAUGGAUUGGAGGAACAUGUCUUGAAGCUUGAGGCGGAGCAUGGGAAACUGACCGAUCAGAUGGCCAAAGGCGAGGCUGACGGCUUCAACACAACGUCGAGCCGUGCCACGGCCUCUGAGCUCCAGGUGCGGUGGAAUGCCAAGAAGUUCUACCAGAAGAGCUCGGGCAAACCGCAGCAAGCAGGAGGUGAGAGUGAUCGUGCCAGGGCACCCAAGGCCAAGCCAAAAGGCUCGGCCAAGGCUGCUGCCAAGAAGUAA